AUGGAAGUAGAUAGAAUUCUGUACAUUUUCGGAAGCUUCUCGCGUAAAAAACAAGACCGAAGAAAAUCAUUGGAGCCGUCUUCAAUAAGCGCCGGAAACAGUCCCUUACAUUUGCAAAAGUCUGCGAGACCAGCCAGCCAGAGUCUUUGUGUUGGAUUACGAGCAUCUGCAUAUAACGAAGGCAGGAAGAGCAGGGUGAAGGAUUGGGAAUGUUCGCUCUGCAAAAAGGAGCUAGUGGAACCGCGGCUCUUGGGAUGUCUUCAUAGCUUCUGUACAAGAUGUCUACAAGGCCUACCUCGAGAAGAGGAAAUAGACGUGUGGAAUGAAGUUGAUGAUGGAACAAUACUAUCAGAUCCUGGAGAGUCCAGAUCGGCAUCCGGUGCUGGGUCGGCAGGAUCGGGUUAUGAGAGCGACGCCCGCAACUCCGGCUCUGACGGUAGCCUUGAUCUCAAGCCUCAAAAAUGUGGCAUCUUUACUAAAAAGGUGUCGGGAAAGACUGUUCAGUUCCUAAUGUGCCCGACAUGUGGACACGAAACCCAGCUGCCUGCUGGAGGAAUAUUGGAGUUACCACUGAACUACGUACUGCUGAGGAAAAUUUCAUUUGCGGACAAUGAGGACAUCGGAGUAUUGUGUGACUUAUGUAAUAGUGAUAAUAAGGCCGAAAGUCGCUGCAGACAGUGCCUCGUCAGUGUAUGCUCGUCUUGUGGCAAAGACCAUGGGAAACAGAAGUCAACGACUAGACACUCUCUUGAGCCCAUCGAGCCUCCGAUGAAGUACUGCAGUCAGCAUCCUAGGUCGGAGCUCAGUGUUUACUGCGCUACAUGUCAACAGGUGAUAUGUCGAGACUGCAGCAUGAUAUCGCACGCGGGUCACGCUCUGGCCAGCGCUGCACGGGCUGCAGCCGAGCGGGUUCGCUUGCUGCGGGACGCUUGCGAGCGCGCCAAGCUGGUGCCCGAGAACGUGGAUCGAGCUGCGAGGACUUUGAAUGUGGAAGCGUUGGAGGCUGACGAGCACGCUUCGCAAGUAGAGGCGGAGGUGCGCGCGUGGGCGGAGCAGUACAAGCGCGCGGUGGACGCGCACACACGCGCGCUCUGCGCCGCGGCCGCGCGUGCGCGCGCCAGGCAGAGGCAGCGCACCGAGCGCACGCACCAGCUGCUGCAGCAGCGCGCGGACCUCGCACAGCACGCCGUGCGCUUCACGGAGGAGCUGGUGAGCGAGGGGCGGCAGGAGGAGGUGCUGAUGCUGAGCGGCGCGGCGCUGCGGCGGCUGGCGCGCCUCACCGAGCUGCGCACACCGCCCGCGCGCUUGCCGCUGCGCUUCGCCGCGGCUGCAAGAGCCGCGCCCGACUCCGUGCUCUACGGCCGCCUGCUCACACAGGCGCCGCACCCCGACGCCUGUCUGCUGCACGCUGAAGGUCUUCAAGAUCUGCACGUUGACUGCGAACACGAAGCCAUAUUGGAACUACGCGACAGCAGCGGUGAGCGGAUUUGGUGUGGAGGGGAACAGGUAGAGGGAUAUUUCAGAAGAAGCGACUCGAGUGCGCGUCCGCAGAGCGCGCGCGUGCUGGACCGCAACGACGGCACGUACGGCGUGCGCGUCACGCCCACCACGCCCGGCGCGUACUGGCUCGCCGUCACCGUCAAUAGCACGCCCAUCAAGGGCAGUCCGUUUGCGUGUGCGGCACGCGUGUUCAAGUCGCACUCGGGACAAUUCCACUGCUGCACGUUCUGCUCGACGGGUGGCCGCCGAGAUAUCGCCUGCGGCUGCGGGGCCACUAUGCCCGGGUAUAAAGGUUCGAGUCCCUUUUAUUAUACUAUAUUACGAUCAACAUAG